AAGGAAGAGUGAGGCAGGAAGGGUUUAAAUGCAGGCUCCUCGGAGGACGAGUCGCCGCCACACUCGUCUGCCGUCCCGCCAGCCGCUCUCACGCGGCGCGAGAAAACGGUGGGCCUCGCCCUGGGCUCGGGUUCUCUCCGCCCGCCAGGCAGUGGGGUUUUUUUUGGUUUUGUUUUUUUUGAGACGGAGUCUCGCUCAGUCGCCCAGGCUGGAGUGCAGUGGCGCGAUCUCGGCUCACUGCAACCUCUGCCUCCCGGGUUCAAGCGAUUCUCCUGCCUCAGCUUCCCGAGCAGCUGAGACUACAGGCACACCCCACCACACCCAGCUAAUUUUUGUAUCUUUAGUAGAGACGGGCUUUCACCAUGUUGGCCGGCAUGGUCUCGCGGUCUUAACCUCGUGAUCCCGCCGCCUCGGCCUCCCAAAGUGUUGGGAUUACAGGCGUUGGCCACUGCGCCCGGCCCCAGCCAGGCAGUUUUAAUCGAGCGUUCACAACCACUGAGACGCAGCGAAGCACGCACCAUAAAAUCCCGGGAGGCCGACCGCUGGUUCAGACUUUUUCUUUUCUUGAAUCCCAGACCAAGGGAUCCGCCCUCACCCCCCACCCCAGCCACGCCAACUCCCUAUUCCCUCCCCUUGGACGGCGCGGGGGAAAACAAGCUGCUCGAGCCGUAUUUCUUCGAUGCAACCAACUCAGAAUGAAUUCCUCCGCCCCUGCGUGCUCAGUGAGUCGGCACCCUAGCACUGAACUGCAUUUAAAACCUCAGGAAUUGAGCGAACUCUCCCGGUGGCUCUCCUCACCAGGUUCCCCUUCCACGCCUCCUCCCCGUGCCACGCCUCAGUCCGCGCUGCUCAUUGGCCGCGUGCGCUGCCAAUCCGAUGCACAUCGGCUAGGGCAAAGACCGCGAAAAAGCGCGUACACCUGGCUCUGGGAGCGCGCGCCUAACGCCAGCCAGCAGCAGGAGGCGCGCGAGGCGCCACGGCCCGGCUGCCGAGAGUCAGGGAGGAACCUUAUUUACAUAACGGCCGCCCCUCUGUCUCCUGGCAGGGACCGGAGUCCCGCCCCUCGCCCAACUUGAAAUCUGUUGGGCCAUGGGCCAGUCACUCCGACCUAGGCAAGCCUGUGGUGGAGCUGGAAGAGUUUGUGAGGGCGGUCCCAGGAGCGGAUUGGGUCUGGGAGUUCCCAGAGGCGGCUAUAAGAGCUGGGAACUGGGCGCGGGGAGCUGAGUUGCUGGUAGUGCCCGUGGUGGUUGGUGCGAGGUGACCGUUAGUUGACUCCACGAAGUUCAUCUCCCUGGUUUUCGCGUCCUAACGUCGCUCGCCUUUCAGUCAAGAUGUCUGCCCGUGGCCCGGCUAUCGGCAUCGACCUGGGCACCACCUACUCGUGCGUGGGGGUCUUCCAACAUGGCAAGGUGGAGAUCAUCGCCAACGACCAGGGCAACCGCACCACCCCCAGCUACGUGGCCUUCACAGACACCGAGCGCCUCAUCGGCGACGCAGCCAAGAACCAGGUGGCCAUGAACCCCACCAACACCAUCUUCGACGCCAAGAGGCUGAUUGGACGGAAGUUCGAGGAUGCCACAGUGCAGUCGGACAUGAAACACUGGCCGUUCCGGGUGGUGAGCGAGGGAGGCAAGCCCAAAGUGCAAGUGGAGUACAAGGGGGAGACCAAGACCUUCUUCCCGGAGGAGAUAUCCUCCAUGGUUCUCACGAAGAUGAAGGAGAUCGCGGAAGCCUACCUGGGGGGCAAGGUACACAGCGCGGUCAUAACGGUCCCGGCCUAUUUCAACGACUCGCAGCGCCAGGCCACCAAGGACGCGGGCACCAUCACGGGGCUCAAUGUGCUGCGCAUCAUCAACGAGCCCACGGCGGCGGCCAUCGCCUACGGCCUGGACAAGAAGGGCUGCGCAGGCGGCGAGAAGAACGUGCUCAUCUUUGACCUGGGCGGUGGCACUUUCGACGUGUCCAUCCUGACCAUCGAGGAUGGCAUCUUCGAGGUGAAGUCCACUGCCGGCGACACCCACCUGGGCGGUGAGGACUUCGACAACCGCAUGGUGAGCCACCUGGCGGAGGAGUUCAAGCGCAAGCACAAGAAGGACAUUGGGCCCAAUAAGCGCGCCGUGAGGCGGCUGCGCACCGCCUGCGAGCGUGCCAAGCGCACCCUGAGCUCGUCCACGCAGGCGAGCAUCGAGAUCGACUCGCUCUACGAGGGCGUGGACUUCUAUACGUCCAUCACCCGCGCCCGCUUCGAGGAGCUCAAUGCCGACCUCUUUCGCGGGACCCUGGAGCCGGUGGAGAAGGCGCUGCGCGACGCCAAGCUGGACAAGGGCCAGAUCCAGGAGAUCGUGCUGGUGGGCGGCUCCACUCGUAUCCCCAAGAUCCAGAAGCUGCUGCAGGAUUUCUUCAACGGCAAGGAGCUGAACAAGAGCAUCAACCCCGACGAGGCGGUGGCCUAUGGCGCCGCGGUGCAGGCGGCCAUCCUCAUCGGCGACAAAUCGGAGAAUGUGCAGGACCUGCUGCUGCUAGACGUGACCCCGUUGUCGCUGGGCAUCGAGACAGCUGGCGGUGUCAUGACCCCACUCAUCAAGAGGAACACCACGAUCCCCACCAAGCAGACGCAGACCUUCACCACCUACUCGGACAACCAGAGCAGCGUGCUGGUGCAGGUAUACGAGGGCGAACGGGCCAUGACCAAGGACAAUAACCUGCUGGGCAAGUUCGACCUGACCGGGAUUCCCCCUGCGCCUCGCGGGGUCCCCCAGAUCGAGGUUACCUUCGACAUUGACGCCAAUGGCAUCCUUAACGUUACUGCCGCCGACAAGAGCACCGGUAAGGAAAACAAAAUCACCAUCACCAACGACAAAGGUCGUCUGAGCAAGGACGACAUUGACCGGAUGGUGCAGGAGGCGGAGCGGUACAAAUCGGAAGAUGAGGCGAAUCGCGACCGAGUCGCGGCCAAAAACGCCCUGGAGUCCUAUACCUACAACAUCAAGCAGACGGUGGAAGACGAGAAACUGAGGGGCAAGAUUAGCGAGCAGGACAAAAACAAGAUCCUCGACAAGUGUCAGGAGGUGAUCAACUGGCUCGACCGAAACCAGAUGGCAGAGAAAGAUGAGUAUGAACACAAGCAGAAAGAGCUCGAAAGAGUUUGCAACCCCAUCAUCAGCAAACUUUACCAAGGCGGUCCUGGCGGCGGUAGCGGCGGCGGCGGUUCAGGAGCCUCCGGGGGACCCACCAUCGAAGAAGUGGACUAAGCUUGCACUCGUCAGCGUAAACCUCUUUGCCUUUCUCUCUCGCUUUUUGUUUGUUUGUUUGUUUGUUUGUUUCUUUGAAAUGUCCUUGUGCCAAGUACGAGAUCUAUUGUUGGAAGUCUUUGGCAUAUGCAAAUGAAAGGAGAGGUGCAACAACUUAGUUUAAUUAUAAAAGGUUAGUUCCAAAGUUUGUUUUUAAAAAACAUUUGAGGUUUCUCUUUAAUGCAUUUUGCGUGUUUGCUGACUUGAGCAUUUUUGAUUAGUUCGUGCAUGGAGAUUUGUUUGAGAUGAGAAACCUGAAGUUUGCACACCUGUUCUAUAGAAGCUUGGAAACAAUAAAAUAUAUAGGAGCUUAAAAUUGUUUAUUUUUAUGUACUACUUUAAAACUAAACUGAACAUUGCAGUAAUGUUAAGGACAGGUAUACUUUUUGCAAACAAAUUCAUAAAGGCAAAUGUAAAGUAAAGCUGAAAUUGAUCUCAAA